GGAAAAGUAAAAAUGAGUCCACAAAAAUAUAUUUUAUUAUUAGGCUUUUGUUUUUCGUGUUCGGUCACAUUAACUACUGCAGGUGUGAAAACUUGUUCUAGUCAACUGGAAUACUAUUUUAAUUUGUUUGGUCAAUCUAAUGGUGGCAGUUGUCAAAUUGAUCCCGAUGGAGGUGCCACUCCCAUGGAAAUUCUACAGAGAUGGGGUUGUACUGUUGAAACAUAUACAUUAACAACCACAGAUGGGUAUCAAAUUUUGGUCAUCAGAGCUUACAAAAAUUUGGAUCCUACAUUGGCUCCUAUUUUAAUGGCUCAUGGUAUUUAUAUGAAUUCUAGAGCCUUUGUGUCUUCAACAGACAAAAGUCUUGCAAAUCAACUCAUAAACCAGAAUAGGCAAGUUUUUUUCAUAAACUUUAGGGGAACGAUGUAUAGUGGUAAUAAUGUCAAUGGUCUCGAUAAGAGUAACUACGCCUACUGGAAUUUUACAUGGCACGAGAUGGGCAUGUACGAUAUGCCAGCUGCUCUGGACUUAGUUUAUAACAUCACUCAACAAAAGGCGAUAGUAAUUGGAUAUUCUAUGGGAACAACUGUCACAAGUGUUUUUCUGUCUUUAAAUCCAGAGAAAGCUCAAUCCAGAGUAAAAAAUUUUGUUGCAAUGGCACCAGUUGUAAUUUUAAAUAAGCAGAUAAGAUCUAUAUUAGGAGGUUUGGCACCUCUUUGGCCUAUAGUUCAGCCAAUAGCCAAACUUGUGUAUAACGGUGAAAUGCUCACAGGGAACCAGGCAUACACGAAUUUCUGCAUUCAACUUCCAAUUACAAUGCAAAUGUGUUACUCGGUUGUAGUACCUCUUUAUGGAAGUGAUUACGAAGGUUUAGAUUAUGCUAAACGUCCAGUACAACUUGUAGAUAAUCCAGAUAGCAUUUGUGAAAAGGUAGUAACCCACUACGCACAAAUAAUUGAUAAAGGAUUAUUCCAAAUGUUUGACUAUGGAGCAGCUGGUAAUUUGUUGAAAUAUAACAGCCCUACACCCCCGUUAUACCCAUUGAAUAAUAUUAAUGUUCCAGUUACAUAUGUCGUUGCAUCUAAUGAUCAUUUGGCAGAAAGUUUCAAUGCAAAAACAGCCUUUAGUCAAAUACCAAAAGAAUACCAAUGUGGAUUUUUGACGAUUUCACAAAGUAAAUUUGCUCAUGACAAUUUCGUUAACCAUGUAGAUCAGUUACCACUUUUAAAUCAACCGCUAGCUGAAGUCAUCACUAAAUUAGAGUCUAAUAUUUGUCCAACCCAACCUAUACUUUAAUAGAUGUUUGAAAUUGUACAUAUAAUUUGUAAAUUUUAAUGUAAUUAUUGUUAAAUAAUAAGAAGUUAUUUUAUUAAACUUUAUUUACAAGAA